CCCCAGCCCCCCUCCCUUGCUGUAGAGAAGUGAUCUGUUAACAUGAUCAACCAGAUAGACAUGAUUGUUUGGUUACUGAUUAGAGGAGAUGUUAUAACACUCAAUGAUAAAGCCUUAGCUGUGAGCAAAGGGCCAGAGUCCUCCAUCCAUUCUGAGGGACACAGGCAACAGCACAGGAAAUGUGGUGCAAUUUCUGAAUCCACUCUCUGCUCCACCCUCAGGGGUCUUUCCCCUCAGAUGAUGUUUUCUUACUCCCGUGAACAAUGGACCCUGCUGUUUGCACGACAAUAACUUGAUGCUGUACAUAAUAAUCUUGGAGUUAACACGCUCUGCACUGUUCUGUGAUCUGUCAUUCGUAUUGUUUCCAGGGCAUCAUGAGUGUGGAAAAGAAGACGGCGCAAGAGCCAUGCUGCUCCAAAUUAAAGAUGUAUUUGGCUGCCAUGUGUUUUGUGUACUUUGCCAAAGCAUUUCAGGGCAGCUACAUGAAGAGCUCUAUCACGCAGAUUGAGAGACGUUUUGACAUUCCCAGCUCACUGAUUGGAUUAAUUGAUGGAAGUUUUGAAGUUGGUAAUCUGUUGGUAAUAGCUUUUGUGAGUUACUUUGGUGCUAAGCUUCAUAGACCACGACUAAUAGGAGCUGGAUGUUUAAUUAUGGCCUUGGGAUCCUUCAUAACUGCGUCACCACAUUUCUUCCAAGGACUGUACAAAUAUGAGACAACAGUGUCACAUUUCUCUGCCUCUAAUGGUACAGAGCGUAUUCUACCAUGUUUAACCAAUGGGAGUCUUGCACAAGAUGAAAUUCCCACAUUGGAAACUCAAGCAGAAUGUGAGAAAGCAGCCAGUUCCUCCUUGUGGAUCUAUGUGUUUCUUGGGAACAUGCUCCGUGGGGUAGGAGAGACACCCGUCAUGCCCCUUGGGUUGUCUUAUCUAGAUGAUUUUUCAAGGGAGGAAAACACUGCUCUUUACAUGGCUCUCAUACAGACUGUGGGAAUAAUGGGCCCCAUGUUUGGAUUCAUGUUAGGAUCUUUCUGUGCCAAGCUGUAUGUGGACAUAGGAGCAGUGGACUUAGAUACCAUUUCCAUCAACCACAAAGACUCACGUUGGGUUGGUGCCUGGUGGCUUGGCUUUUUGUUAACUGGUGGAGUGAUGUUACUGGCUGGAAUUCCAUUUUGGUUCCUUCCCAAGUCUCUUCCUAAACAGGGUGAGACUGAAACUGAAAAAAAAUUGAAUGAGGGUGAGCAGGACCAUUUCAUUCCCGACAACAAGCACAGUGAUGCUCCCGACAAACCAGUUCCGGUCACCAUGGCAGCUCUGGCUAAAGAUUUUCUACCAUCACUGAAAAAACUCUUCAGCAACACAAUUUACUUGCUCCUUGUAUGUACUGCAUUUGUGCAAGUCAAUGGUUUUAUAGGAAUGAUCACAUUUAAGCCAAAGUUUAUGGAGCAAAUUUAUGGCCAGUCAGCAUCGAGGGCCAUAUUUUUGAUAGGCAUAAUGAAUCUACCAGCUGUGGCUUUGGGAAUUGUCACUGGUGGGUUUAUAAUGAAGAAGUUCAAACUGAAUGUUAUCGGAGCAACCAAGAUCUGCAUUGGAACAUCUCUUCUGGCUUUCUCUACACUGCUUAUUCAGUAUUUCCUGCAGUGUGACAACACACAAGUGCCAGGACUUACAUUGUCAUAUCAAGGGGUUCCUCAGGUGUCCUAUCAGCAGAAUACACUAAUUUCUCCAUGUAACAUGGGUUGCUCCUGCUCUCUCAAACAUUGGGAUCCCAUAUGUGCCAGCAAUGGCUUGACCUAUGCCUCCCCCUGCCUUGCUGGCUGCCAAAGCUCCACUGGUGACGGCAAGAAUAUGGUAUUCCACAACUGCACCUGUAUUGGAGAUUCGCCUUUCCCAUAUGCAAACAUGUCAGCAGUGCUGGGCCAAUGCCCUCGCAAGAGUGAUUGUGACUUCAUGUUUAAGCUGUACAUGGCAGUGACAGUCAUUGGUGCCUUUCUCUCGGCUUGUGGGGCUACACCAGGUUACAUUAUCCUGCUCAGAUCCAUAAAUCCAGAACUAAAGUCUUUGGCUCUUGGUAUUUAUACUUUGAUUGUUCGGACUCUGGGUGGCAUUCCCCCUCCAAUCUACUUCGGAGCCCUUAUUGACAGGGCCUGUUUGAAAUGGGGCACAAAACAAUGUGGAGGGAGAGGAGCGUGUCGUAUCUAUGAUUCUGGUUCCUUCAGAAAUGCUUUCUUGGGUCUUAUUUAUGGCCUGUAUUCCUUGUCCUACAUAUUGUGGGGAGUUGUGUACAUUAGACUGUCUCAUCGUGAAAAGAAACUUGCACUAAAGAACCAAUUAAAAGCUCCAGAACAGGAUACCAAUGAUGUUUCUGUUGGCAAUGGGAAUGCAUCUUCGGCUAUUGUAAAAUGCAGUGAAAACCCAGACCAGGAGACCACUAUCUGAAGUUAUGCUUUCAAAUUCAAAUGUGUGUAUUGCACCAAAAAGUGAAGAGUUCAAAUGCAAAAAAGUGCCAUCAGAAAUUUUCAUCUAAAACGAGCAUUUUAUCAGGCUUCUAUGUUUAGGUUCAGUAAUUUUACUGUAAUGGCAAUGCAUAGGUCAUUUUCUAUGCAGUAACAUUGAAAUAGCUGAACAUAAAUAUAGGAGCCUGAUAAAAAUGCUAUUCUUUGGACAAAAUUUCAGAUGGCUCUUAGAGGCUUUUACAUCUGAACUCUUAAAGUGGUAAAGGAGAUUUCCAUAUCCAUGUAAAAUGUAAAGGUUUUGGCCAUGAAACUGUGAUAAUUUGUACAUUUACUGAUUAGAUAUACAUAUAUUUGUAUUUGUUAUUUUUUACACAUUUAAAGAACAGCAUUUAAGUAGUAUCAGAACUAGAAAGUAAUGUAUUAUACUCAAAGAAAACGUUACUUAUGCAUAACAUGGUUCAUUAGAGCAGAACAUUGUUACAUAAUAUUAUCUGCUAUCAUGUCAGAACAUUGUAAGCUCACUGUUUCAUAUGAAUUUCUUGUCAUGUCAUAAUGAUAUACUUUGUGGUCACAUAUAUCCUCACACUUUGUCAUGUUAUAUAUAUAUAUAUAUGUGUGUGUGUGUGUGUGUGUGUGUGUGUGUGUGUGUGUGUGUGUGUGUGUGUGUGUGUG